GUCGACUUCGGAGUCGGUGUUUCGGGACUGUCUGCUCGAGCAGCCUUUGCGCCCCACCUCCCCGCGGCACCUGUGGGCUGGCCGAACGAAUGGACUCACUUUUGUACUUGUGCCAAAACGGUUUCUCCUCUGCCCACAGGUUCACCUUGGCCGGGGUAG